AUGCGUCUCCUUCGACUGGGAUCGCUUUCUGCUGCUGUCGCUAUUGCAAUGGCGACGCAAUCUUCCGCUGCUGUCCCUAUCGUCGACAAUGCCUCGACACCCUUUCGAAAAGACAUGGUCGGUUUCCUCCAAUGUCGAGUAUGCGAGACGCCCGAGCUCACUGGAAGUGUACAGGACUCAGCGUGCGACUACGAGACAGUGGACAAGGCAGUGAACGAGCAUUUCCACCCGCUGCUGGAAGAGUUGUCGCGCCUCACGUUUUUUCGCUACUUUAAGGUCGAUCUUGGCAAAGAGUGUCCUCAUUUACCGUGGCAAGAUGACGGCAUGUGCGCGAGCAUCGACUGUGCUGUGUGCGAGUGUCCGUCACACGAGAUCCCAGUGCCGUGGAGUCAAUUGGACUUGCAAGAGAUUCAGUCGCGUCGCAGCAAUCAAGUCCUAGGCGAAGCUGGCAAACCCUGUGACGAGCAGACGGGUGAAAGCACGCUGUCGAAGGUCGAGCGCAAGAAUGCCAUUGCUGGUGAGAGCUUCAAGGAGUGGGAGGAGGCGUCGAGUGCCAAUGUAUGGGCUGCUCAGGGCGAGGAAGAGGAAGCGAUGACGUACAUUAAUUUGCUGGAAAACCCCGAGCGAUAUACGGGUUACAGUGGCGUACAGGCUGAACGGAUCUGGAAGGCAAUUUACGAAGAGAACUGCUUUGUGCCACGGAACGAGAGUGCGAUGGACAGCAUGUGUUUAGAGGAGCGGGUGUACUACCGCCUCAUCAGUGGGUUGCAGGCUUCUAUCAACACACACAUUGCACUGACGUACAAGUUUGGCAACAAGUGGGGCAGUAAUCCGUCGUUGUUCGUUCACCGAGUCGGCAAGCACCGCGAUCGGCUUCAGAACCUUUACUUCGCCUACCUGUUCGUCAUGCGAGCGAUCGGCAAGUACCACCAUAGAUUGUUGGCGUUCGACUACAACACGGGCAACGCUGCCGAUGAUCUCCGCGUAAAGGAGAUUCUCCGCCAGCUCUUGCUUGAGCGAUCAGAUGCUCGGACGUCGGGUACUUCCUGCCCAGUACAUGCCGAAUGCAUGUCCGUGCUGUCCGGCUUCGAUGAGAGCACGUUCUUUCGUGUCCAGGCCGACGGACUCUCACCGGACGAGCUGGCACUUGCGAAGCGAGAGAAGGAGCAGCUCGAAGUACAGUUUCGUGAGAAAUUCCAGAACGUGAGUCGCAUCAUGGACUGCGUAUCGUGCGAGAAGUGUCGACUGUGGGGCAAGUUGCACACCAUGGGAUUGGGCACUGCCAUCAAAAUUUUGCUCGCAGAGGACGUCUCGACGAUCCCGGACUUGCAUCGCAAUGAGCUCAUCGCGCUCAUCAAUGUGGCCAACAACCUCUCCCGUAGCGUAGACGGCGUGAAAAUGAUGCGGGAGCUCGAGUUUGCCGAGGCCAUGAAGCAGUUUGGCUUUGUCUGCGUUGCCGCCACUCUCCUCGUGCUAGCCCUCAUCGCCGUCUUUCGCAGGAGACAUAGACUGCGUGUGCACAAGAAGCGCGAGUGA